AUGGCUGACGCAGAAAAUGCCACCAGGGCGCCCGAGAGCGAUGCUGCGGAGCGGCAGACGGCCCCUUCCGCUGCAGGCGAUACCGCCGCCCAGACUGCACCAGCAGCCGGCCAACACUGCGUGACGGACCGUCCGACACCCCCCGGCCAAUCGUCCACCGGCGAAAUCAUCAAGUUGAACGACAUUGACGUCUACAUCUCCAAGCCGGCCGACUACCCCCACGCGCAGUCCAAGCUCCUCCUCCUGCUCACCGGCGGCACAGGCAUCAGGUCGACCAACAACCAGCUGCAGGCCGACAAGUUCGCCUCGGAAGGGUUCCUGGUCCUCAUGCCCGACUUCCUCGCCGGCGACACCUCCCCGGCGUCGGUGGCCAUAGCCGACGACUCGGCCUCUGUUCUCGAGCAGGUCAAGCUCAAGGCCGCCGAGGUGACCAAGUCGUUCAUGCUUGACAUGUGGCUGGCGCGCGUCACGCCCGACAGGGUCAUGCCCCUGCUCGGCAGGGUCGUCGACGCCGCCCGCGAGCAGUUCGCCGACGCCGUCGAGCACGGAGGCGGCAUCUACGCGGUGGGGUACUGCGUCGGCGGCCGCUUCGUCCUCCUGCUGGCGCAGGAGACGGCGGGCGCGGACGGGGACGCGGCUGCGGCUGGCGGGGGCCGCAAGAAGGGGCCGUGCAUCCGGGCGGGCGCCCUGGCUCACGGCGCGUCGGUCGCGCCGGACGAUUUUGCCGGCCUCGCGGCUCCCUUGAGCUUGGUGUGCGUCGAGGACGACCCUCUGUUCCCCGACGCGGUGCGCGCGGCGGGCGAGCACGCCAUGUCCGCGGGGGAUCUGGAGCACGAGGUGCGGGUGUACCCCGGGGUUCCGCACGGAUUCGCCGUUGUGGGCGCGUACGCCGACUCCGUCAUCACGGAGGCGCAGGCCACGGCGUACGAGCAGAUGCUGAAAUGGAUCAAGGAGCACUAA